AUGGGUAAAGCUCGCCGUAAAACACACAGAGCUCGGAAAGGCCCUAUAAGUCGACCAAAGCCCAAGGCUCCACCGAAAUCAACACGCGUUCUUCGGAGUGCCUCAAAACCGGAUCCACGAUCGAGAUCAAGACCCAGUCCUAAGGAUACUCAGCUUGACACAUGCUAUCUUAUUAAAAGAAUCCCAGUUGAGCUACAAGACAUGAUAUUAGUCGAAUUCUUCAAAGAUGUUCAAAUUCGUCGAGAAAAAAAGUACAAGUCAGCAGGCAGAGGCCGGGAAAGUGGUUCCGAGAACACAAGUAUAGUGAGAACUUGCCGGUACAUGGGACUGCAAGCGACCAAGAUAAUGUACAACAACCUCACCAUGACCAGCGGUUCACUCGCCUGGCUGGCUCGUCCUCUGUCGGUCGUACCCGCAAAGAUGAUUUCGCAGUUGCGAUAUAUUGAAUAUGACACAGGGGGACUUGUAACGAAUCCUGGAUAUCUACUACAAAGGGGUUUGAAACUGAAAAGAUUGACUAUCAACAACUUGAAUGAUGAUCUUCAAUUUCAUGUCAGUUAUCCCCAAGUGUCCCUGCAGUGGGCUGCGAUGAAAGAUUGGAAAGAACUGGAAAUUAUAUGCAGUGCAAAAAGGAUGUCCAGACGUCCAUGCUCGUUCGCACGUGUACAACCUCGACACGACUGGGCCAACAACCGAAAUACAUACCCAGACUGUUGGAAUCGAUUUCUCGACUUUCCUUGUUCGCUCACAAUGUUGUAUGAGGAUGAAUCCUCGCACGCCAAAGCCGACGAUCCUUUGAUUAAAGUAACGCACGACGGAAAACCAGGAGGCCCUUUCAAGACUGAGACUGGGGAGUCCAUUUGGCCCAACUGGUCAGGGAUGGGUGUUGUGCAUAUCAUUGUCAAACGACAUGGUGAUUGA